AUGCAUCUCUCAUCUUCGAACAACAAGCAAGUGUGUGUUUCGUUUGAAUUUAAGGGAAUUUUUGACAACACUGUAAUUGCAGCAGUUGUCACAUUCUUCAAAACUAGUGAGCUAUUGAAAUAUAUUGGAACUAAUAUAAACGACUUUGCUGGAUUGAUAGCUGAAGUGAAGAAGGCAUCACCAAGUACGGGUAUUUUGAGAGAAAAAUUUGAUCAAAGAGAUCUGGAACAUGCUGAAAACCUCAUGAGCAUAAACAAAAUUCCAAUACCUCCAUAA